AUGACCAGAUUAUAUGGUAUCCUGGCAAUUGCAACACUGAUCUUUUGCCUCCUCUUUCCUCCCUUGGUCACAGCCCAAGGCGAUGAUUGGCAGCCGAUCAAGAACAUUAGCGACGCAUAUGUGAAAGAGAUCGCAGAGUUUGCAGUUAACGAGUACAACAAAAUAAAGAAGAAGAAGUUGGCAUUUCAGAAUGUCUUUCAGGGUCGGAUGAAGUUUAUCGAUCCACUUAACAUUCACUAUUGGCUUCCCAUUGCGGUCAGAGAUGAGGACUUGCCUACCCUCACAUCAAAUUAUGUGACUAUUGUGUGGGAUAAUGUGGAACAUUCGAUAAAGGAGUUAUUGGUCUUUCAUGAAGUUAGUAGGUAA